UGGCAAUGAGAGCCGAAGAGUGUGCUUUAGGAACAGCUAGACGCCCAAUUCAAAGUCAUGAGUACCUUUGGAAGCCCCGGACCGCUGCCGACAACGAAGCCUAAGCCGCCGCAGCGUGGCAGCUUCCCGCUCGAUCAUGACGGCGAGUGCACUGCGAUAAUGACCAACUACCUGGCAUGCAUGAAGAAGGUGCGCGGCGUCAACGAAGAUGAGUGCCGCGACCUCGCAAAGUCAUAUCUCGGAUGCAGGAUGGACAAAAACCUGAUGGCCAGGGACGAAUUCAAAAACCUUGGAUUUGCCGAGCGUCCCCCUCCUCCAAAGGAGCCCGAGAAAGGCGUCAAGGGUGAAUUGCGGUGGUAGUUUGCGGCUGGGCAAAUGAGAGGCAGACACGACAAAUAGGGCCACGCCCCGCUCUUCCAGCUUGUCCGUUGAGACAAGCCAUGUACAAUAAAUACUCAAGCAUAAUCCCGCCGGUCUAGCAAUGCAGACUAUGAUCAACGU